UAAGAUUUAUUCUAUCGUUUUGGGUUGUUCGUUAAUUAUCUCACAUAGACCUUAUAAUACUCAAUGUUUUUCUUUAUAAAACCAAUCAAUAAUAGGUUCCUAAUAUAAGCUAACUGGGUAAAUUAAUUAGUAGUAGAAAUAUGGCAAUCCUUAACCAGAUUCUAGCCACUGGAGUAAUUAGCUAUGUGUGUACUACAAUGGGAAUUAUGUAUACUUGGCCAUCGUUCACGCUCAAACUCUUCAGCUCCACAAACACAACUCUGGAUCGAGUCAUGACAGAAACUGAACUAGCGCUGCUAGGAAGCAUAUCGUCUAUAAGUGCUAUAAUAAUAACACCUUUCUCAAGUUAUUUUAUAGAUACUCUGGGAAGGAAAUGGUGUUGUAUUGUCUUUUACAUGGCACAAUUGAUCGGCUGGGUAGUUGUAAUCAUAUGGUACACCGUAGAAGCAGUUCUAUUUGCAAUGUUUCUCUCUGGCUUAAGCGCAUGCAUGAUGCUCGUCAUACCGAUCUAUGUGAGCGAAUACUGCCAAGAAUGCAUUAGGGGGUCCAUGACGUCAGGUUCUAUGAUCUUCCUCGGAAUCGGGAUGUUGUUCUCAUAUCUACUGGGAGGAUUAUUAGAAUAUAAAGCGAUGAAUUAUACUGGUCUAACGUUGACGAUUCUAGGAUUCGUGGCCUUCAGUUUUAUGAAGGAGUCGCCGUUGUUUUUGAUGCAGAAGGGACGCGAGACAGAAGCCGCGAGAUCUAUAGCAUUUUAUAGAGGUUUGAAAAUUGGUUCAAAAGAAGUACUCCAAGAAAUAGAAAACAUUAAGCGAACGAUGAAUCCAGAUAUAGAAGGUACAGAAGAUACUCCUCGCGAGGAAGAGAAAUUAAAUCCAGAAGGACCUAAAAAGAAAUUGUCACCGUGGAAAUACCUAGUCAAGUCCCGUUCUUCUCGCCGAGCAUUAAUAUUGUCAAUCAUGUUGUAUACUACAAGUAUCUUCCAAGGGCUAAUCGUGGUACAAGUGUACGCCGAGCCCUUAUUCGAGAAAGCGGUACCGACCAUGUCAGCGAUGGUGUCGAGCAUUCUGUUUGCGAUUGUGGCUGUAAUAGCUGGAUUCAUUGGAGCAUAUCUUAUUGAUUUAAUCGGAAGAAGACCUCUUCUUAUGUACGCGUCAUUCGCGACAGGCAUCUCCUGCGCCGUCCUUGGCUCACAGAUACAUUUGAACUGGGGCCCGAGCUGGUUGACUGCGGUGUUCAUGCACGUGUAUUGCGUCACAUACGUAGUCGGAGCGGGGACGGUUCCGUAUGUCAUCGUCGCGGAAAUAUUUUUACCAGAGAUAAAAAGCUUCGCAUCCAUGGUUGCAGUGGAGUGGGCAUUCGCUUGUAACUUUGUUAUUUUGUUCAUCUUCAACCCUCUAGUCAAUUUAGUUGGUCUUGGUCCAGUAUUUUACCUGUUCUCCGUGGUAUGCUUCCUCACAGUCGUCUACUGCUACUACUACCUACCGGAGACGAAGUGCUUACCAGUAGAUGCCAUGCAGAAACGAUUCCUCAAAAGAGCAAAUUUACUUUAGGACUUUUAUAAUAAAACAUAUUUUAGCAAAUUUU